AUGAACAGACAGGCAUCUGCCCCAUUGCUCGCCAAUGAGGAUCCCCGAGACUCAUUCGAUGACCAGGAGCGUGAGCUACUCAAACAAGAGUCCCGCAAGCAGAUCAGCAGAGAACGUAGACGCAUGUGCCUCUGCCUCGGACUGGCUGUCGUCUUGGCGUCUGCUGCUGCUAUCACCACAACCUACCUCCUCACCAAGGGUACCGAAACCUUCACCCCUGGUCGUAGUCGCAAUGUUAUCAUGAUGGUCUCGGAUGGUUUCGGCCCCGCCUCGCAGACCUACGGCCGGUCAUACUGGCAGUAUGUCAACAAAUACUCUGAGGAUACCAUGACUUCGUUGGAUGAGAUCCUGAUCGGUGCUUCCAGAACCAGGAGCAGCGACAGUCUGGUCACCGACUCUGCUGCCGGUGCCACCGCCUUCUCUUGCGCCAUGAAGUCUUACAAUGCCGCCAUCGGAGUGGAUCCCAAUGGCAACCCUUGCGGAACUGUCCUCGAGUCCGCCAAGGCAAAUGGAAUGCUCACAGGAUUGGUCGUCACCAGUAGAGUGACUCAUGCUACCCCCGCAUCUUUCUCGGCCCAUGUGGUCCAUCGUGAUAUGGAGGCCGACAUUGCCGUCCAGCAGAUCGGAGACUAUCCCCUUGGGCGACAGGUUGAUCUGAUGUUGGGAGGUGGCCUCUGCUUCUUCUUGCCUAACACUACCGAGGGAAGCUGUCGUCAGGACGAUCGCGACUUGAUCAAGGAGAGCAAGGACUAUGGCUGGGAACACGUUGUCUUCAACAAGGACGAGUUUGAUGCGUUGGCUGAGCACGACAAGAUCUUGCCUCGACACACCUUGGGCCUAUUCCAUUCCAGUCAUAUGAAUUUUGAGAUGGACCGCAACAACAAGACCGAGCCCGCCUUACACGAGAUGGCGGGCGUUGCCUUGAAGUCUCUUCAGAAGUGGACUACUACUACUCGUGGACAGGGAUUCUUUUUGAUGAUUGAGGGAUCCAGGAUUGACAUGGCCGCCCACAACAACGACCCUGCUGCUCAUGUACACGAGAUUCUCGAGUACCACAGGACCAUCCAGGUCGUCAAGGAAUUCGUCGCCAACAACCCCGACACUAUUAUGAUUUCGACCAGUGACCAUGAGACGGGCGGUUUCACCCUGGGACUCCAACCUGAUCCCGACACCUACCCCGAUUAUUUGUGGAGACCCGAGGUUAUUACCCGUGCCAAGGUCUCGACCGAGAUCUUGACCAGUGACUUGAUCCUCUUCCACACCGCCAACAAGAACGAUGACGCCCUGAACAUCCAGGGACAGGGCUCUCGUCGUCGCCAGACUCAUGACUUUGUUCGCAAGGAGAUUUUGGACAAGGGACUUGGAAUCACCGAUGCUACCGAGGAGGAGAUCGAGUUCUUGUCGAACGCCGAGGCCGUCCCCAACGACAUCCUGCGCUACUUGGGUCAUGCUAUCUCCCGCCGCGCCAACUUGGGAUGGACCACCAUGGGUCACACUGGAGUCGAUGUCAACCUCUAUGCUGCCUCGUCUAUCCAGAACGGCAACCGGAUCUUGGACCGUCUCAGGGGCAACCAUGAGAACACUGAGAUCGGAGACUACAUGAGCUGGUACCUCCAACUCGACCUUCCUUCCAUCACCGAGAAGUUGACGAAGUCGGCUGACAAGUGGUUCAAGCCAAAGUCCAAGUUUUUCACCGCCGAACAUUCCCACAGCUUGCACGAGGAGACUGGCCAUUAA